CGUCUAAUAUACGCUCGUGUAAUACUAGUUCAAAACUAUUAAAAUAAACUUUAAUACGCCUUGAAUCUCACGUAACUAAUCAAUGAGUGAAAAAAUGAUUAGAUACAGUCAACUAUCGGUCUCCCUUUUCGAAAGUUACACGCGUGAGAUCCAACGUGUCGAUUCUCAUCGCUCUUUCCCAAAAUCCACAUGCUUCGGACCGCUAUACUCCAAAUUGUCUGACGUAAGCAAUGACAAAACUUACCACCUUUAUCAUCAUCUUCCACGUGUCACUUUCCAUCUACUUCAAUGAAUCCUCCACUACAAUUUAACCUCACUAAAACAUUUUUACUUGCUGAGAUUCCAUUCCACCAGCACGAAAGGCCCUAUCUGUUCGCCACGUGUCGACUCUCUUUGUCUUAUAAAUUCAACUCUCUUCAUUGCUUUAAGAAGUUUCAAAACAUCUUCACGAACCAGAAACAAUAAGAAGAAGAAGAAAAAGUGAGAUAUGGUGAAAGCAGGGGCUGAUUUGCAAUUUCCACCGGGAUUUAGAUUUCAUCCGACGGACGAGGAGCUCGUCCUCAUGUAUCUCUGCCGUAAAUGCGCGUCGCAGCCGAUCGCUGCUCCUAUCAUCACUGAACUCGAUUUGUAUAGAUAUGAUGCUUGGGACCUUCCCGACAUGGCUUUGUACGGAGAAAAGGAGUGGUAUUUUUUCUCACCGAGAGACCGGAAGUACCCAAAUGGUUCAAGACCAAACCGGGCAGCUGGUACUGGCUAUUGGAAAGCUACAGGUGCUGAUAAACCAAUCGGUCGUCCUAAACCGGUCGGUAUAAAGAAGGCUCUAGUGUUUUAUUCCGGAAAACCUCCGAGAGGAGAGAAAACCAAUUGGAUUAUGCAUGAAUACCGGCUCGCAGACGUUGACCGGUCGGUUCGGAAGGGAAACAGUUUAAGGCUGGACGAUUGGGUGUUGUGUCGUAUAUACAACAAGAAAGGUGUCAUAGAGAAGCGACGGAGUGAGGUAGCGAACGGUCAUGUGAUGGCUCCGGUUAUGUUAAACUUCGACAAACCGGAAUUGAUCGGCGGCGGGUCGAGCUGCUCGGACCAACGAGUAGUGUCUCCGGAGUUCAGGUGCGAGGCUAAGACCGAACCGAGUAGAUGGAGCAACGCCCUCGAAGUUCCGUUUAAUUACGUAGAUGCCAUCGCAGAUAACGAGAUUGUGUCGCGGCUAUUGGGCGGGAACCAGAUGUGGUCGACGCUUGAUCCACUUGUUGUUCGGCAGAGAACUUUCUAAGCUGUCACGUGCGAGUUGGUGGAAACUACCAACCACGGGCAUCCCACGUGCCGGUAAACCGGUUUGAAUCCACUAUGCUGAACCGGAAGGGAACGGAUUGGGUUUUUUUUGGCAAUAAUUAAGCCUUCGUUUUGCUCCUUGAUUAAUACGAGAUACACAGCCUACACUAUGUAUGACCCAGCAUAGCAAUAUAAUGGUUCUCUACAUAAAUUUUGGAAUAAAUUCAUUUUAAAAUC